UAUGACCUGGCUUUUGAUCUGUUAGCAAGCAAUAAUGGAAAUACAAUCUGUGUCUCUUCAGAGGCCGGUGCCAUUAGCAUUCUGAAUUGGUCCGAGGACUCGAUAGUAGAGUCUCAUAGCUAUAAAGUCCAUUCCAACGCCAUUUUCGACCUUUGCUGGUCAAACAAUGACCAAUCGAUCUCACUGAGACAAACAGAUGUCAAAACGGGGCAAAACUUGUACCAUGGCCAAAGGUUGCAUUCCAAUACUAGCGUCAAGAUUGUCAAGGUGUCUCCUCAUAAACAAUUUGCCACUGGAGGGCGAGAUGGACAAGUGUGCAUAUGGGAUUCUCGCGCCGCAGAGCACUGUCUUCCUCUUUGGACCGUUUCUAGACCCUCUUCAAAGCAAUCUUCAAGAAAAAUACUUUCCGUAAUGCCGUCUGAGUCGGUUACUUCGAUCAAUUUUUGCCCGCUCAAUGAAAAUCUCCUUUAUGUUUCCUACUCGUCCACAGGGAAAUCCAAAACCGGAAUAUUGCUGUUUCUUCCUGACGAAAAAAACAGAGGUAAGCGUGUUUGUCGAAUUUUUAGCCUUUUCCUCGAUGUCGCUUUCCGGAGACGGCAUUUAUUUAUAUGGCACGUAUUAUGUCGCCUGGAGACCAAUGGAUCUCGAAAUGUCGACUUUUUCUCGUGCAAUUCGUUUUCUUGUUCAUCAUUCUAUGUAAACUGUGACGUUUCCCCCGAUGAUAAGUACGUUUUGACAGGAUCUAGCGCAUCGGGCGUGCAUAUUUGGGACCAGGCAAAUAAGCUAUGCCAUAUUUACUCCAGUCAUAAUUCAGAGGUUUCGGCUGUGGCCUGGUCAAAGACCAACCCAUCGAUUGUAAGACUCAAAGCAAUAAUCCCUACCCAAUGA